GUGCAAACGUGAAUUGCAAUAAUCAAAGAGAAAUAUUCUUGUUGCAUAUCUUUUUUGAUCUAACAUAUUUUGAUAUUUUUCAUUCAAUUAUAUAUAUUUUCUGAUAUAUCAGAGUGAUAUAUCAAAAUCGAAAUAAAAAUGCCGGGUACGCCAAUAGAACCAAAUAGAGAUACAUUGCAGAAAUUGCAAACCGAGCGUCCCUCGAAUGGAAAUUAUCAACAAGUAGUAAGAGAAAUUACGCAAACGGAUCAUCUCAACAAAAGAUUGUUAGUAUCUUUGUUAAAAAGAAUGAAUAAAUCUAACGGAGAGUUCGAUAGUUUUAUGGAAAAAGAAACAUCUACUUCUGAAGAUAACGAUGAUAGCGAUUUUUAGGUUAAGAUUUUUCAAAAGACAGCUAAUCCAGUUCUCU